AUGCGACGAUUAGAGCGUAUGGACGACGUGUUACUCCCGAUGAUUGAUCUCAAACUGAAGGCUUAUGUAUGCGAUUGGCCCGACUGUGGCUAUCGGUCAGCAAAUAAAAGGGUUUUCUACCAACACUACUGUCGACACAACGACGUGACCCGAACUGAUGGUACUGUUCACGCGGUCGACCAUCAGCUGAGAGAACGAGGCUCUCGAAGACUGCCAAAGUUUAUACCAGAUUUGAUACAACCCGAGCACAUACUGGACAACCAAUACGUGUGCAAUGAUAUCAUGUGUCACUUUAAGACCGAAGAUAAGGAGAGAUUCUAUAACCAUUUGCGAAGACAUCGGAUGCCAAGAAUGACUCGCAAAGAAUUCCGCCGAUACGAGCGAUGGGACGACGCGGUGAUGCCUUUUUUGGACCGCAAGACCAGAAUCUAUGCGUGCAAUCGACCCGAUUGUGGCCACACGUCUACAAGUAUAGCGCUUUUUUACAAACAUCUCGUGAGUCAUGGAAUGACUGUCGGCCGCAAAGAACCCAAAGCCAAAGCAGAUUCGAUACAAGACGACGAACCCGGCGAAGAGUCGCCGACUCAGAGCCGGAAAACACAGUAUAUAAACGAACGAAUCGGUAAAUACAAAGUGGACGACCAGUACGUGUGCCGUGAGAUUGACUGCCACUUCAAGGCCACCAACAAGAGGUUGUUUUACAGCCAUUGGGCGAAACACAAUCUCGCCCGCGGGCGCGCACAACGACUGUCCGCGAAGUUCGACCUGUCUCUGGAGCGGCCAUUUGCGUGCGAUUGGCCGGAGUGUGGGCUCGCCUUUAAGCAAAUACAUCACCUCAACGGCCAUAAGGAUCGACAUAUGGGUAUCAAACGGUUUGCGUGCGAUUGGCCCGGAUGUGACUACCGGUGCGAUUCUAACGUAUAUUUGCUCGAACACCGGCGCACCCACACCAAGGAGAAGCCCCGGGAGUGCUCGUGGCCCGGCUGUGAGUACAGUUGCAGCAGUAAGAGGGGUAUGGACUCCCAUCUGCGCAAACAUACCGGUGAGAAGCCGUUUGAGUGCCCGUUUCCCGAAUGCGGUUUCCGUACGUCCGGCUCCUCUGCGCUGACCAAUCAUAAGCGCCGACACACCGGCGAAAAGCCGUACUUUUGCAUCGAAACAGAUUGUGGUAAACGAUUCUCGUCAGCGGCCGGACUCUACAUUCACCGCAGGGGUCGCCACAAGUCUGACAUUUGUCUCACAACGAGGGGACGGAAACCGAAACAAAACUCAACGCAAGAGGAGAUCAAAGCGGAGAUCAAAGUCAACGAUUAA